GACUGUGAGCGCUGUUCGAAAUGCUUGUUAGCCCGCACGUCGUAUCGUUAACAUGUUUUUCGGCUCCAUCUCUAAUGUAUUUAUGCUUUCAAUCGCAUUCUUCCAUAAAUCAAACACUGCUGAUGCGGUCGUAAAUAAGACCAAAGAGGGAAUAUAAGCGGGAGCAGCUUUACUUGUCAAGUGGAGUGGAACCACAGCAGCAUCGUGCAGUGUUAUUUUACUGCUCACAUGGAGUUACUGCCAAUCUUUUAGAAAUACAGACAGCAGUCAUAUUUACAGUAUAUUUUCAUAAACGUGUGUCACGUUUCUGCUCUGACUGACAUCUAUUUGCAUAGGAGCGUUUAAAACACGUGUUGCUGCUUCUCAUAUUAAACGGGUGCUCUGGGUUUGUUGUUUCAUUCUUGUUCAUUGGAUGACAAUGAAAGUAAAUAAGUUUUCAUCUCACGCGAAACAUAAGCAGCAAAACACCAGCGCACACCAAAGACUGACUAACAGGCAUAAAAAAUGUAAGCUAAAGAAAAUAAGUCAUCUUAAUGCAUGUCCCGGGUCUGCUCAGCUGGAGCAACACUUCACCAAAAAGGAGAAGCCUCGAUUAAAACGGCUCAAGAAGUCGUAUGCAAAGCCAGUGACUGUGAACCCAGAAAACAGUUUUUCUGAGGAGGAAAAGGCCGCUUCAGGAGGUUUUACUCAUGUGCAGGCAAACGGAGACACAGAACUUGAAGGUAGCAGCAAUUCAGUGGACUCUCAGGAAUGGAACGAAUAUGCCAACAGUGUUCUUCAGAACGGCACCGAAAGUUUCACUUCACCGGACAUGGAUCAGGAUGACAAAGAUGGACUUCAGUACCAUGCCCAGCUUGACCAUACGCAGAACCGGGCUGUAUUGGUCAUGCAACAAGAUCAGACCCUGUGUUUCCGUGGGAAGUGCCUGCUUACUUGCCUUUAUGGUCAUGUAGAGGUGCUGGGCUUCACCAUAGAAGAGGGCCAACAACCUUACCAGCUUUUCUCUCCGCCAUCACACUGCCCGCUCACCAUCAGAGCCUUGGGAAACAACUCCUCAUCCAACAAGAACAAGAAGGAGGGACGACUGGAAGCGAAAGCCAUUGUUCGCAAAUACCUCUCCUUAGAGCCAUGUAAAAGGCUUAUCAAUGAGGUGGACUCGAACUCCUGUGUGAUGCUUUUGGAACCUCUGGACACGCCCCUUACGCGCUUACUCACCAGCUUCACUGAACUCAAAGAGAUCUUUGGCUUAAACUCGUUGGAACUGAGGUCUCAGGCUGCGAUCCAUAACCCUGCUCUGUCUGCGGUGGGUGUAAAAGCACUACGUCAACCUUAUGCACAAGGUCUUGUGAUGUCACAAACCUAUAAAGAGGCCCUAGACAGUUUGCUCAGUGCCUGGGCAGGAGAAUUUGACCGCUGUCCCAUAAUUCUUGUGUGUGGGGCGAAAAACUGUGGCAAGUCCACCUUCAAUCGGCAUCUCAUUAACAGCCUUCUAAACCAAACUGCCAGUGUUGAGUAUCUGGAAUGUGAUUUAGGCCAGACUGAGUUUACCCCUGCCGGAUGCCUCUCCUUAAACACCAUUACAGAACCACUGCUGGGGCCUCCAUUCACACACUUGCAGGAUCCAGAUCACAUGGUGUACUACGGUCAGACAGAAUGUCAGACUGACAUAGAUCGCUACCUGGAGUCCCUCAAAUAUCUGUGGCGUCACUGCAGUGGAGAAAGUCCUGUCGUUAUUAACACUAUGGGCUGGAUCAAGGGCCAUGGCCUUCAUAUUCUGAUUGACCUUAUUCGCCUUUUUUCCGUUACGCAUGUCGUUCAGCUGACUUACAAAGACAUGCCACAGUGUCAACUUUUUACCCCAGACUUCCUUAAAACUACCCACGGCUGGCAGACGCAUCCUCCAACACCAUCCAGCUUGACCGAAGCUCCAGCAAGUCACCUCGCUCUUCGAUCUUAUGUGUUUCUCAACAUCAUUUCGGAAUUCGAAGGCGCAGGGAAAUCUGGAGAAUUGCGAUUUCAGCGCAGCAAUGUGUUGCGAGACCUGGCACUGCUUGCCUACUUCAGUAAAAUGCAGUCCCCUGAGCCAGGCCCCAUGCGCCCGCUUCACUGUUUCAUACCUUACCAGGUCCCACACUCUUCAGUGGCUAUAGGGAUGGUGCACGGUGAGGUUUCACCCAAUCACAUUCUCUAUACAGUCAAUGCCAGUCUUGUUGGAUUGUGCUGUCUUAGUGAAAAGGUUGCAGGCACUGGAGGUCCUGUUGUGCUUUCCCAAACUCCCAUCUGUCGGUGUGUGGGCCUAGGUGUUAUUAGAGGGGUGGACAUGGCACGAGGUCUGUACUUCCUGGUUACACCCGUGUCUCCCUCUGUUCUGAAGCAUGUGAACUGUCUUCUGGUGGGACAGAUCACACUACCCAUAGAGCAGCUUACCAUGCAGUAUGGAGCUGAAUCUGAAUUACCAUACGUCACCUCAGACUACAGCUUUGAAGUAACGGGAGCAGGAAAAAUUCACAUUCACAAAGGACUGUUAAGGCGUUGUUUUAUAAAGUAAAAUUGUUAAGCUCCAUAUAGACUCUACUUUCUGUGAAUGCCACUUAUAUUUUUGUGUUGUUUUAUACGCUAAAUACAAAGGUAAGAUUUUUCUGUGUAUGUACAAAUCAACACAUGUAUCUUGGCUUCUGGAACGUAUUCUUUGGGAAGUGUAUGAGGGCAUUGGUUAUUGGUUUCUUGAAUGGUUCCUGUUUAAGCAUAACUCUGCCUAUUGUCUUGGUUUGCUGUAUUGAUACAGUACUUCUGUUUUCCCCAAGUCACAUUACCAAACCUGGAUAAUGCAAAAUGUUAAAUAUUAAAAGUGGGAUUCGUUUUUGA